UGUUGGACACCUCACCUAGAUCUGUCUCGUAGGCUGUGUCUUUUCCCUCCUUGUUUUUGCCAGGGAUGCGUGUUUAAAAACUUUUAUUUUGGCACUGAGCACUUUCCUCUAAAGAACGAAGAUUUCUUGAUUGAGCACGGGUGAGGAGGGGAGAAGUAGGAUGAUGUGGGGAGGGGAGAUCCUCGCUCUCUGCCUCCUAUUUGGAGUCUCAGUCCAUGGCCAGGAAUGCGGAAAACCUCCAGAGUGCCACAUCGAUCUGUAUUUCGUUAUUGACACAUCUGAAACCAUUGCUCUGCAGGAGUCUCCUCCUGGCAGUUUAGUGGAAAGCAUUAAAGAUUUCACCAUCCGGUUUGCCAGGAAGUUGGAAGAUGUGAAGUACAGAGGUUUGGUUCAGAUAGCUUGGACAGUGGGCGGCCUUCACUACUCCCAACGCCAAGAAAUCUUCAGCUCCAUCACCACCAAGGACAACUUUAUCCAAAGAUUGAGACCCAUCAAGUACCUGGGCAAAGGCACAUACACUGACUGUGCCCUAACCAACAUGACUCAGGAGCUGAAACGCUCGCCCUCCCCAUCUGGAGCAAAGCGAUUUGCUGUGAUCAUCACCGACGGUCACGUGACAGGAAACCCAUGCGGUGGGAUCAAAGUGGCAGCAGAACGAGCCAGAGAUGAUCUAGUCAAAUUGUUUGUCAUCGCAGCAUCCAAUGUUGUGGAUGAGACUGGUCUGAGGGAGAUCGCCAACUCCCCGGCUGGUGUUUAUCGCAGUAACUACAUCGCUGUGGAUCUCAGCUCAGGGCGACCAACCAUUAGAGAAGACACUAUUGAUGAUAUCUAUAAUACCAUGCUCCAUUUGGCUUUUCAAGAGUGUUACAGUGUGAAAUGCUUAGAGACAGCAGGUCCUCCAGGUCCAAAAGGACAAAGAGGACAGAAAGGAGCCAAAGGAGAUAAUGGAGACCCUGGCCCAAAAGGUGAAAGAGGUCGCCCAGGAGACCCUGGUAUUGAAGGUCCAAUUGGUCACCCUGGCCCCAAAGGUGAAACUGGAUUUAAAGGUGAAAAGGGAGAAAUGGGUUCGCAAGGAAGAAAGGGCGUGGCAGGUAUCCCUGGGCGCAAUGGUACAGAUGGUCAAAAGGGUAAAAUUGGUCGGAUCGGUGCCCCUGGUUGUAAAGGUGACCCAGGAGAUAAGGGUCCUGAUGGCUAUCCUGGAGAUGUGGGUGACACGGGCCUACCUGGAGAUCCUGGAGAAAAGGGAGAUUCAGGACGAGCUGGGAGAUCAGGGCCACCUGGGCCUGUAGGAGACCCUGGACCUAAGGGUGAGAGAGGAAGCCCAGGAUCACCUGGUAUCCCAGGGCAGAAAGGCUCUGCAGGAGCACCUGGAGGACCCGGACCCAAAGGCGAUCCAGGACGAAGAGGAGACUUUGGGGCAAAAGGAAGUCAGGGAGCAAAUGGGGUAAAAGGCGAUAAAGGAGAACCAGGGCCAGAGGGGCCAAGAGGUCUUCCAGGAGAAAGUGGCAACAAAGGCUCCAAGGGGGACCCUGGCCUGCCAGGACCAAGGGGUCAGCCAGGUGCACCAGGAGAACCUGGGAGAAAUGGAACUCGUGGAGACCCUGGUGAUGCUGGACCUAGAGGCGAUCCUGGCCCCCCAGGACCAAAGGGUGACAAAGGCAGACAAGGCUUCAGCUAUCCUGGACCAAGAGGACCCACGGGUGAUCGGGGUGAUAAGGGCUCACGAGGGCCCAGAGGGGCAAGAGGAGAUUGCGGCCAGAAAGGAGAGCCAGGCGAGAAGGGAGGCCCCGGAAAACCAGGGGAUUCCGGACCUCGAGGGGAGCCAGGGCAGAGGGGACCUUCAGGAGAAUCAGGGCGAGAUGGAGAUCCAGGUCCAGAGGGGGACCCUGGCCUUACAGAAUGUGAUGUCAUGAAUUACAUUAGGGAAACCUGUGGUUGCUGUGAUUGUGAGAAGCGUUGUGGUGCCCUGGACAUUGUGUUUGUGAUUGACAGCUCAGAGAGUGUGGGUCUUACCAACUUUACCCUGGAGAAGAACUUUGUCAUCAACACAAUUAACAGACUUGGCUCAAUAGCCAAAGAUCCCAGUUCAGAGACAGGUACCCGUGUGGGUGUGGUCCAGUACAGCCACAGUGGAACUUUCCAAGCCAUCCAACUCAAUGACUCUAAGAUUGACUCUCUAGCGGCCUUCAAAGAUGCUGUGAAAAAACUAGAGUGGAUUGCUGGGGGUACCUGGACUCCCUCUGCGCUGAAAUUCGCCUAUGACAACCUCAUUCGUGACAGCCGGCGUUCCAAGGCUAAAGUCACAGUUGUUGUGAUCACCGAUGGCCGUUUUGACCCGCGAGAUGAUGACAAGCUGCUGACCUACCUGUGCUCAGACAACAGUGUUGACGUGAAUGCCAUUGGUAUCGGUGACAUGUUUGACCAGCCAGAGGAGAAUGAGAGUCUAAAGUCCAUUGCCUGCCAGAGGGAUGGGAGGGUGAUGGGCAUGCGACGCUUUGCUGACCUGGUAGCAGAGGAAUUCAUUGACAGGAUUGAGACAGUGCUCUGUCCUGACCCUGUGGUUAUUUGCCCUGACCUUCCAUGCAAAACUGAGCCAGCCGUGGCCAACUGCGCUCAGAGGCCAGUGGACCUCGUCUUCCUGCUAGACGGCUCAGAACGCAUGGGUCGGGACAACUUCCGCCAGGCUCGCGAGUUUGUGGAGACCGUGGCCCGUCGCCUCAACCUUGCGCGAGGCGACGAUGAUGAGAGGAACGCCCGGAUUGCCGUUCUGCAGUAUGGCAGUGAGAAUGAGCAGAACGUGGCCUUCCAGUUAUCACACAACUUCACCAUCAUCUCAGACGGUCUAGCGCGCAUGUCCUACCUGGAUUCCUCUUCAAACGUGGGCAGCGCCAUCAUUCAUGCCGUCAACAACUUGGUUACAAGCCAGGGCAGCCGGCUGGCCCGUCGAAACGCUGAGCUCUCCUUCGUCUUUAUCACUGAUGGCGUCACCAGCGAGAAAAACCUGGAAGAAGGCAUCAGUUCCAUGCGCAGGGCUGAGGGUGUUCCCACAGUUGUUGCCAUGGGACCCGAUGUUGAUAAGGGAGUUCUAACAAAGCUUGCCCUGGGAGAUGAGUCAGCCAUAUUCAGGGGAGAUGAUUAUGGUCAUCUUUCAAAAGGUAGCUUCUUCGAGCGCUUCAUUAGAUGGAUCUGUUGAAGGUGGGGUUAGCAACACAGAGAGGGGUGGCAUUUGUGUCUUACUGGAAUUGACUUGGUUGUGAGGGUAGAAAGAACAUUUAUGGGUUUAUGUACAUCACAGGAACACAACUCCAGUUUUCAAGGCCUGGAUUCCUGCUGUUUUGGGUUUUUUUGCCCUCAGCUUCUAACUAGAAACUUUUUGUUAUCUAUUUAGGAUACUCUUCUCUCUUUUUUGGUAACAUACAGUGGUUGGUUUAAAAAAAGAGACAGCAGGAUUUUAGCCCAUGAGGAGUAGAGUUGUGCUCCUUUGAUGUAAAAGAGAGGAAUGAAACCUGCUCUCAGGAUGAAGUUGACUCCAUAAAACACUAACAGACAGGGGCAAGGGGCUGGAAAAACACCGCGUUACAAAUACAAAACAAAACAAAAUAAACCCUACAAGUAACACUCCAAAGGCUAUGUACUGAAUGUUUAAUUUUUUAAAGUUUUUUUUUUAAGCAUUUGUAGAUUUUUUUUCUUCUAUUUUUGUUUUUAAAAGGCUUUACCUGAAUUUUAUAUUCACACCAAGGUGCUAAACCAAAGCAGGACUUGAGUUUUUCCUGUAUAUCUUUGAAAUAAUCUUAUUCCAUUGCAUAUCAUCUAAAGAUGCCCAAAGGUACUUGAUGUCCUGUAGACAAACACACAUAUCAUCAACAUCAUGCCAUAGCUUUAUCACCUCAACUUCAGACCAUUUUCAACUGAAAUCACAGCAAUCUUAUUUCAUUUCUCACCAAAGACCUAUGUGGGGAAAUUAGAGUCACAAAGGAAAAUCAGGUCACACUUCUGAACAGAUGCACUAAUACUUCAACACAUGACACAAAAGAAGAAUGAAAGAAAUGUUCACAGAUAUUGUGGAGUUAUGGCCAAGGUGACUUUAAUUGAUGAGGUAGUACUGGGUCUUAUAAGCACUGUAAUCAGAUAUAGUCACUAAGUUCUAGGAUAUGGAAACAGUCCCGUAACGUUUCCACAUCCUGUAGGACACUUGAAGGACAAAUUCAGUUGUAGAGACUUCAGUGGCCAAACAAUAAAAACAAACUGUGG